AUGCAAAGCGGCGUCGUUGCCUUCAUCUUCAUCGUCAAAAUCAAAGGAAAAACAGAUUGGUUUUGCUCAUUGGAACUGUCGCUCUUCAAACACUGUCAAACAGUCCGAGCCGCAACAAAUAAACAGGAACUCAGUCGAGCUGAAGAAGUAAGAGAGAGCAGCUCAUUGAAGAAGGGAAACCAAGCUCGGGAAAAAGGCGGGAUCUUUGGUCAAGGGGGACGAAGCAAACGUGACUUGCUGAUGGAUUUGGAUCUGGGUUCGCUUCUUCACUCCCUGAUUCCCUCCUGGAACUCUGUUGCUGUAUUGGGUGUGUAUUUCGGGUAUCUGGCUAUUGCUGGAUCUAUAUUGCCUGGGAAAGUAGUUUCGGGUGCUACCUUACAGGAUGGCUCCCGUCUCCAUUAUCGCUGCAAUGGCUUGUUGUCUUUGUUAUUGCUGGUUGGGCUGCUUGGUGUUGGAGCUCAGAUGGAGAUCGUUUCAGCUACCGUGAUAUCGGAAAGAGGACUUGAGCUUCUGUCAGCGACAUUUAUAUUCAGUGUUGCGGUGACGAUGAUGCUCUAUGUAGCUGGUCGCAUGUCAAAAGAUAAGGGUUCUUCCCUUAGGCCUCAUGUCACUGGGAACCUUAUAGAAGACUGGUGGUUUGGAAUACAGCUUAAUCCUCAGUUUCUGAGUAUUGAUUUAAAAUUCUUCUUUGUUAGAGCUGGAAUGAUGGGAUGGCUGUUUAUAAACCUGUCGGUUUUAGCAAAGAGUAUCCAAGAUGGUACCCUGAACCAGUCAAUGAUCCUUUACCAAAGCUUCUGUACAUUAUACAUCAUGGACUACUUUUUCUACGAAGAAUACAUGACAUCUACAUGGGACAUAAUUGCGGAGAGAUUGGGCUUUAUGCUGGUGUUUGGGGAUCUCGUUUGGAUUCCUUUUACCUUUAGCAUUCAGGGAUGGUGGCUGCUAAGAAACAACGUGGAGCUAACAACAGCAGCCGUCAUUGCUAAUUGCUUUGUGUUCCUGAUGGGAUAUAUGGUAUUUAGAGGAGCUAACAAGCAGAAACACGAUUUCAAAAAGGAUCCCAAAGCGCCAAUAUGGGGCAAGGCGCCGAGAGUCAUUGGAGGAAAGCUGCUGGCUUCUGGAUAUUGGGGAAUUGCAAGGCAUUGCAACUAUCUUGGUGACUUAAUGCUGGCUUUGUCAUUCAGCCUUCCGUGCGGAAUAAGCUCUCCGGUUCCAUACUUCUACCCAAUCUAUCUUCUGAUCCUGCUGAUAUGGAGAGAAAGAAGAGACGAGGCUCGCUGCGCGGAGAAGUAUAGAGAAGUUUGGGCAGAAUACCGUCGAUUGGUUCCAUGGAGGAUAUUGCCGUACAUGUAUUAGAACAAUCUCUGGAAAUGAACCCUGGGUCCUUGUGUUUGUAUGCUUGUGUACGCUUAACCACUUUAGUCAGAGCGCUAACUUGCUUAAUUCUUCAGCUUGAACACCAGACUAUAUUUGUUAUCGUUACUUCUUUGGGUUACAAUUUAUAGCAUGAAGCAACCCCACGCUCUGUGUGUUAAACAAGAGAGAACAGGGUAACCUCUGAAGAGGGAAAACCAGCGCAGCAAUGGCGGAAAACAGAAUGAUUGCUGAUCAAGAAAUAAUACUGCUUGAG